CUUAUCGCGGAGAUCCUUGGGCAGUACCCAGAGGCAUCUACCUCUUCCCUGUUGGGGACUGGGCCGGUCUCGGAGCUCUCCUUGGAAAGCAAGACCACUAUCUAUAUCGUUGAGGGCAACAUCCCCGUCCUGUUCAAACUGCAUGGCUCGACCUUGCUAUACCCUACAGUAUUCGGGCUCAAUCGUACACAGGGAUUGACAACAGUCCGCUAUAUA